AAAUUAUUGCCACAAAAGUACAGAGAGUGAAACUCUUUUAGCUUCUUGUUCAUAGGAUAAAACUUAUUUUAAACAGUAUGUUUAUUGUAAUUAAUCAGGCAAAGGUUUCAAACAAUGGUCAAAUAUACAUUUUUUUUAAUUUUUUUUGGGAAAUUGUGUUUGUGAGUUUAUUUGGAACGAGAUAUUUUGAAAAACAUCAACAAUAACACCAAAAUAUCGUUAAAAAAUAAAGGCAGACUUGUUCAAAUUCAUUUAAAAUUUCAGGAAAUCAUGUUUUACUUCCGCCUGUCUCCCGAAAGGGCGGGUCAACAAAUAAUCACGUGACAAAAAUACAGGAAACGUGUUUAUACUGUCGUCGUGAGAAAUAUUUGGAUCAUUUGGAUUUACCGUCUAUUUUACACAUGCUGCUGUUACCUGUACAUAUGCCUCUGAGCUGACGUCAUACAGGGAGGACUGUUUUGUCAACACGUUUCAACUCAGUGUAGUUAGCUGCUGCAGCUAAUGCUAACCUGGUUUCCCACUGUUGCUGAUGAUGGAGCGGCUGAUUUCUCGACUUACCGAGAAAAGCGUCCUCUUCCCGGCAUCCUUGGCUUUGCGGCUGGCUUUGGUUGUUUAUGGAAUCCACCAGGACAGAACCAUGGUCGUGAAGUACACUGACAUCGACUACCAUGUGUUCACAGACGCUGCACAGUUCGUCACGGAGGGAGCAUCUCCAUACAACAGAUCUACCUACCGCUACACUCCGCUUCUGGCCUGGAUCCUCACUCCGAACAUCUAUCUUAGUGUGGUUUUUGGCAAGAUCCUGUUCAUCCUAUGUGACGUGCUGUCAGGUCUGCUCAUCUACAAAAUCCUGCGACUGCAUGGUCAUGCCUCUGAGACUGCAUGUCGUGUUUCUUCUCUGUGGCUCCUCAACCCACUGCCGAUGGGAGUGUCCAGCCGGGGAAACGCAGAGUCCAUUCUUGCAGCCCUGGUGCUGGGGACAUUACUGUGCAUGGAGAGUCGGCGUCUCAUCUGCGCAGCUGUUUUGUUUGGCCUGUCGGUCCAUAUGAAGAUCUAUCCCAUUACAUAUGCUCUGCCCAUUGUGCUGACCCUGCAGACUGAAGGAACCAGAGCAGAGAUGGACAAACAGAGGUGCAGUUGGAGGACAAUGAUCACAUUCACCGGCAGCUUCCUCAAUGCUCGACUGUUUCUCUUCGCAAGUGUGGCUGCAGGAACCUUCUGCAUGCUGACAGGACUUUUCUACUGCAUGUAUGGGUGGGUGUUCCUCAAUGAGACGUACUUUUAUCACCUGACCAGAAGGGACAUCAGACACAACUUCUCUCCAUACUUCUACAUGCUCUACCUCACUGCAGACAGCAGAUGGAGUCAGUGGCUUGGCCUGGCUGCGUUUCUCCCUCAGCUCCUACUGCUGUUGUUGGCAUCAUGGGCCUUUCGCUCUGACCUGGCCUUUUCCUGUUUCCUCAACACAGCAAUUUUCGUGUCCUUCAACAAAGUCUGCACUUCACAGUACUUCCUGUGGUACCUGUGUUUGCUUCCUCUGGUAAUUCCUCAGCUGAGUCUUUCUUGGAAGCAGGGAACCGGACUGUUGCUCCUCUGGUUCACUGGACAGGGUUUGUGGCUGUGCCCCGCCUACUUUCUGGAGUUCGAAGGCUUCAACACGUUCCUGUUGAUCUGGCUCACAGGACUACUUUUCUUGGUCAUCAACUGUUACAUAUUGAUUCAAAUCAUUGUUCAUUACAAAUUUACUCGGAGGAAAAAGGUGGAGUAAUGAAGCUAUCUCACUGAGUCUAUAUAUAUUUUGAUUUGACCUAAUGAACAAAUAGUUUCUAUAGUUCAAAACCUAUGGUCACACCACAUGAUAAUGGAGAUAUUUCUAUGGUCUGUUUCAGCCAGAAUGUCAUUCAUUUGGCAUGGUUUUGUUCUUUGGAGAAAUGUACGUAAAUAAGGUGUGGUUGAAUUCAGCGGUUACUGCUGAAAAUAAAAAAAAAAGUGGUACAUAUUAAUCUGGUGGAGGAUUUUUAAUAGUCCAAAAGAGACAUAUCAUUUAUUUUUUACAUGAUGGAAUGUGAAUUGUUAAAGAAAAACAAUUAUGUUUAUUUAUCAAUAAAGAGAACUGAAUAUAAAUGGGUUACUAAGCUGUGGUUUAACUGGCCAAUCAUAUUUUUUUUAACUUAAAUAAAAUAAAGUACAAAUAAAAA